AUGACUGACACAACAACCGGUAGUGAUUUAUAUGACUGUGUUGAAAAGUGUCUUAAUGAAUUAGAAGUAGAUUGGAAUAAUUUUUCGAGUAUUACUGAUGGAGCUCCCGCAAUUUUAAGUGUAAAAACAGGAUUGGUUUCUCGAUUAAAAUCAAAAGCUAUGACUUAUGGCGUAGAAUUGAAAAGUCUUCAUUUUAUUAAAUCAGUGAAUUGGAUUAGAUCCCGUGCAUUGAAUCAUAGACAAUUUAGUACACUACUCGAUGAAAUGGAUGCUCAGUAUGGUUGUUUACUAUAUUACAGUGAGAUUGUUCCAGAAUUAACUAAAAAUGAUUGGAUUAAAGACUUAGCUUUCCUUGUUGAUAUUACUGCACAUUUGAAUAUGCUCAACCUACAAUUGCAAGGAAAAAACAAAGUUAUCACAAAUAUUGAGCCAUUUUCUAUAAAUGUAGAACAUGUGAAGGAAGAUUUACAACUCGAGUUAAUUGAUUUGCAAUUUAAUUCUGUUUUAAAAUCAAAAUUUGAAACUGUAGGAGUUCCAGAAAUUUUUAAAUAUCUUGGAAACAGUUAUCCAAAACUAAAGAAACACUUUUCUAACAUUUUAUCCAUGUUUGGUAGCUCUUAUUUGGUAGUUCCUGUUUGCAUAUUGACGCUAAUUGCCAAUUGGUCAUGGACUUCUGAUGGUUUUAAUGCAUUGAUCGUUGGACAGUCUGGAAUUCAAACAGUAUUCCAAUACUAA